AGUAAGAGCGCGCGCGUCUGAACCCAACGUCCCACGGCUGGGCAGUGAGUGACCAAGUGUAGUGUUGUGAGUGACUAACGGAUGACAAUACUUUUUGUGAAGUGCAACCACUAGUGGAUCACGAGUGUUCGGUUAAGGCGUAGUUCCCAGGCGGCAGGGCCUGAAGUAAAGGCUAAAGAUUGAGCAAGAUGGUGAAAUAACUAUGGAGAUGGACGACAAAGUGUCGGGGCCGGGGGGAGUGGCGCAGAAGAACUGGACGCACACUAACGCCAGCUCCCCGCUCCCCCUGGACAUGACCUUCAACCAUGGGCACGUGGUGCAGAUCUGCGUGUACAGCGUGCUGAUGGUGGUCUCGGCGACGGGCAACCUCACUGUGCUGACCCAGCUGGUGAAGCGGAGGAGAGCGGGCCGCGCCAGCAGGCUCGAUUUGCUGCUGAUGCAUUUGGCUAUCGCUGAUCUUAUGGUGACGUUUCUAAUGAUGCCGCUGGAGAUCGCGUGGGCGGGCACCGUGCAGUGGCUGGCCGGGGACCUCAUGUGCCGCCUCAUGAUGUUCACGCGCACCUUCGGCCUCUACCUGUCCAGCUUCGUGCUCAUCUGCAUCGCUGUUGAUAGAUACUACGCCAUCUUGAAGCCCCUGAACGUGACGUGGGAAGCGAACGCGCGGCGCGCGCUGCACACCGCCUGGGUGUGCGCGGCGCUCGCCAGCCUGCCGCAGAGCUUCAUCUUCCACGUAGAGGAGCACCCUGAUGUCGCAGGAUAUUUCCAGUGCGUGUCGUAUGGCUCGCUGCCGACGGAGUCGCACGUGUUCGGCUACUUCUUGCUGAACAUGCUGCUGAUGUACCUGCUGCCCCUCGUGUCCACGCUCUACUGCUCGCUGGCCGCGCUGCUCGAGAUCAUACGUCGAGCCAACACCAGUAAUGAUAAUAUGCGCCGCAGCGGCGUGGGCAUACUCGGGCGAGCGCGGGCGCGGACGCUCAAGAUGACGGUCACCAUCGUCAUAGUGUUCUUCACCUGCUGGUCGCCAUAUUACUGCUAUUGUCUGUGGUUUCUUUCCAGGUAUUGGGUGGACAAGGAGUUCGUGAAGGGUUUGGACCCGGCGUUCCAGAAAGCCAUGUGGCUGUUCUCGUGCACCAACUCGUGCGCUAACCCCAUCGUGUACGGCAUCUUCAACCGCAACCGGUGGUCGUGGCGGACUGGGCCGCACACGCGGUGUCGCGGCAGCAGCGCGCGGCGCGGCUCGCGGCUCCCCUUCGGGGACUCCAUGGAAAUAUCCGCGUCGACGCUCGCGCGCGCGCGGCACUCCCUGCACGGCCGCCGCGACUCCUACGUCACGCACAACGGGCACAAACACCACAACAACAACAACAAAUACGUCGACAAUGGCAUCGUUUAGAUCAUGUAUGCUCUGUCUGUGUGUGCUUAAGCCGGAAAACUC